AUGGCUUCGCAGACUCGGUGCGUGUGGGCGGCCCCGGUGAGGCGGCAGAUGCCGCUGCAUGCACAGCCAGGCACCUCAACCUACGUGUGGCCCUGGCCUUCGGCGCCGAUCGUUGUGCGCCGGACGAUCCGCAUCGUCGCAAGGCCAGUUGCGCCGGCGCAGGUGCAACUUCCACAUCUCCUCAGAAGGCGGUCAUGGGCAACGUCCCCUGAGCCGCCCAAGAAUCCCAAGACCAGGGCACCCCCAAAGGGGGAGCCUCCGAUGAUAUGUGUCGCGGCCACGCCAGUGCGACAUCCCAGCAAGCCAGCCAUCCCUGAGACAGCUGCUACGCCACCUGCACACCAAGCCCCUGUGCCACCUCCCGAGCCAGAGCAUGCGAAGGGCCCUCCCGUUUCCUUUUUUCCCGAAACACCAGAGGGAGGUGAGGAAGAUCACGAGCAGAAGAAGGAGGAUGAGGAGACAGCUGAAGAUCACGAGCAGAAGAAGGAGGAUGAGGAGGCCAACGAUGAGCCUCAGCAUCCCUCGCCAAGGCUUGCAGAAGCUGCGAAGGCAGAACCCCCACACGCCCAAUUCGGCGAGGCAGAGCUAGAGGCUCUGAUGGCAGACUUGGCCGCUAUGGGGAUCCAGGUGCCUGAGAAGCCCAAGGGCGAGGCGGAGGUCGGCGAUCUCAUUGUACUGGGUGCAAACAUUUAUCCGAAGGAGUUCCGGCUCAGAUACGCGGUCGUUAUGGAGGUGGAGGCCACACACCUGACCGUGUGGCCGCUGCUGGAAGACCGCGCGACCGGCAUGGGCGAGUGCUGGCCAUAUAAGGUCGACACAACGCUGGAGAGCACCGUCGGCCGGCUGGGAGGCCGAGUGCGGGUGGCACAAGGGCCCCAUGCGGGCUGCGUCGGCACGGUGGUCGCGGUGCCCGGCGUAAGAUUCCCCCUGUUCCAGGAGCUCAGGAACCACCGCAUGCAGUACGUCAUCAAAGUCGCAUUCGAUGAUGGCAGGGACGAGCUGUUCCUGUUCACUGAGCUCCAGGCAGAAUGCUGA